AUGAAACUCCAAUCUCUACUUAUCCAGGCUUUGGGCCUUGUGAUAUGUUAUGCUCAGAUCGGAUCAUGUAUUGAUUCAAGUCAUCAACGUGUUGAGCAGCUGGAAAAUGUGCCAGAUGGCUGGACGAGAGGAAGUAGACCACAGCCUGCGAAGCUCAUGAAAUUUCGUCUAGCAAUUACGCAGAACAAUGCCGCAGACUUUGAGCAGAAGGUUAUAGAGCUUUCCACUCCAGGUCAUCCCAACUACGGCCAACACAUGAAGCGGGAUGAAGUGAACGAGUUACUGCGCCCGUCCCCUGCUGUUUCCAACAAGAUUAUCGCAUGGUUGAGAUCUGCCAAAGUCCCAGCCAAUGCUAUCAAAUCAGAUGGCAAUUGGAUCUCAUUCAUGAUGCCAAUUUCUCAGGCCGAGGAGCUUCUGAAAACGAAGUUUUUCUAUUUUCAUUAUCGCUACCAGCAAAGCACCGCUGUCAGGACCCUUGAGUAUUCUGUGCCCAAAGACUUGCAUCCAUACAUUCAAUUGAUCCAGCCUACAACUCGAUUCGGCAAUUUCGGUCUGCAGAAAAGUAUGAUCACGCAAGCCACGCCAGCUAACCCCGAGCAACUGGCCGUUGAAUGUGAUCGAGCUACUACACCACGUUGCCUCAGAGAAUUGUAUGGAAUUGACAACACAUCAACCAGACCGGAAUGGCGCAAUCGAUUGGGCAUAUCUGGGUUUUUGGAUCAAUAUGCUCAUUACGAAGACUUCGAGGAAUUCCUGCAAAGCUAUGCACCAAAUAAUACGAACUCCAAUUUCAGCGUUGUCUCAAUCAAUGGCGGUCAGAAUAAGCAAAAUUCUUUCUUUGACAGCAUUGAAGCCAAUUUGGACGUACAGUACUCUAUCUCGCUGGCAGAUGAAGUGCUAGCAACAUUCUAUACCACUGGCGGACGCGGUCCUGCGGUUGCUGAGAUAGACCAUCCAGACCCCUCGAGCUCGUCGAAUGAGCCCUACCUUGAACAGCUCCAUUACCUUUUGAAUCUGCCCGAUGAUGAGCUGCCGGCAGUGCUAUCGAACUCAUAUGGCGAGGAUGAACAAAGUCUUCCGGCAUCUUAUGUGAACGCAACCUGCAGCUUAUUCGCCCAACUUGGCGCGCGAGGUGUAUCUAUACUUUUCAGUAGUGGGGAUUCUGGCACAGGAGGUUCUUGCUUGAUGAACGACGGAACCAAUCGAACCAGGUUCCUCCCCACCUACCCUUCUUCAUGUCCAUUUGUUACCUCUGUGGGAGGCACGCACAAUAUCAAUCCUGAAACAGCGGUUUAUUUUUCCGGGGGAGGAUUUUCAGAGAUCUUCCCUCGUCCCUCAUACCAAGAGCAAGCGGUGAAAAAUUAUCUCGAGCGUCUAGGUAGUCAAUGGACAGGACUUUACAAUCCCAAUGGAAGGGGAUCCCCCGACGUAUCAGCCCAAGCGACCAACUUCAUUAUCCGAGACCAUGGCAUGUGGAUCUCGGUGGCCGGCACAAGUGCUUCAGCUCCGGUUUUCGCGGCGGUUGUUUCACGGCUGAACGCUGCUCGCCUUGCCCAGGGUAAGCCGCGGAUGGGAUUCCUCAACCCAUGGCUUUAUAAUAGCGGGCAAUCAGGGCUCACAGAUAUUGUCCAUGGUGGUUCAACCGGCUCUCUGACCGCCCACGACAGCUCCGCCGUCAUGGGCAUCGGCAUAGCGCCAACAACCAUCAAGCAAAACCCGCACUUCUUAUCUCCCUCGCCGUUCAAGUCAUUGCUCCCGUUAAGCUACGGCUAG